AUGCGCACAAUCAGUCUUUCUGCCGCCGCCGCUGUGCUGGCCUUCUCAACACUUACUUCCGCUGCUGCAGCUACCACUGCCAUAACAGUGAAAGGAAAUGCUUUCUUCCGGGGCAACGAGCGUUUCUAUAUCCGCGGCGUCGACUAUCAGCCAGGUGGUUCUUCAAACUUGGGAGAUCCUCUAGCCAAUACAACUUCGUGCUCUCGUGAUAUUCCUAUCAUGCAGGAGUUGGGAAUCAACACUCUCAGAGUUUAUACCGUUGAUAAUUCGGAAAAUCAUGAUGAAUGUAUGAAAAUGCUCGAGGAUGCUGGAAUCUACCUUAUUCUGGAUGUCAACACACCAAACUUCUCUAUUAAUAGGGAGUUUCCAAUGUAUUCUUACAAUGCCAAGUACCUUCAGCAUAUUUUUGCAACGAUUGAUGUUUUUGGGCAAUAUACAAACACUUUGGGUUUCUUUUCCGCAAACGAAGUCACCAACAUGGUCAACAACACACGUGCUGCGACCGUUGUCAAGGCCGUUACCAGAGACAUGAAGCAGUACAUCGCAGCUCAAGUCAAUAGGCCUAUUCCGGUUGGGUACAGCGCAGCAGACGUUGCCGAAAACAGGAUGCAAAUGGCCGAAUACUUGGAUUGUGGCGAUGACAGUGAUGCUAGAGGUGACUUUUACGCGAUCAAUGAUUACUCUUGGUGCGGCUCAAAAUCGUCAUUCCAAAUCUCUGGAUGGGACCAAAAGGUCAAGAACUACACCGAUUAUGCGGUUCCUAUUUUCCUCUCGGAAUUUGGCUGCAAUGUUCCUAGCCCUCGUGUAUUCGCAGAGAUUGAGUCACUGUACAGCACCGACAUGACUGGUGUCUUUUCCGGUGGUCUUGUUUACGAGUUCACCCAAGAAGACAAUAAAUUCGGUCUCGUUCAGGUCUCAGAUGACGGAAAAACCGUAGAGAAGUUGACUGAUUUCGACAACCUGGCAAAGAUGUACAAUUCUACCGCGAACCCUACCGGUGACGGCGGUUACCAGACCGGCUUGUCUGCUAAAUCCUGUCCCGCGGCAACAGACGUGUGGCAGGCUAGCAACACUCUUCCCAAUCUUCCGGCCGAUGCUAGUACAUAUAUGAAAUCUGGUGCUGGCAAAGCUCUUGGUAAUUCUGGUGGCAGUCAGUACAUUCCUCCAUCUGGAACAGAGGACCUCUCGUUCGAUGGUGAUACCUCAACUGCUUCCGGGUCUGCGGCUGCUUCAUCUGGAACUGCUGAAGCUGGUGCGGCAUUUGGUAACAGUGAGAUGGUUGCGGGAACCUGGUGGAUUGGUGUUAUCGUACCCAUGGCAGCAGUUGCUGGCGCUAUGUUUGUGUUCUAA